GUCUCAACACCAGCACUUUGCUGCAACACUCUGUUGUUAUUUCAGUUAGGAGUCAUUAGUGGCAUCAACAUAUUCGCAAUGACUCCUUUCCCUCUAUCCACGACUAAUGUGCCGGACUCUCUCAGACCCUUCUCUCCCGAUACACUCCCGGCAUUAUGGAACUCUAAAUAUACUAUCUCGCUGCGAACGAACCUCGAUGUCCGGGGCAAGAGUUCUUCGCUCUGGGUAUCCAUAAAUGUUGAAGAAGGAAGUUUAGCCUCUCUAUGGAAUAAGGCCAGGUCGGUCAGCGGCAUCAAUGAGCACCGAUCGAAGUGCAACAAAACUCGAAAUUGUCGGUCAAAAAUUCCGUGGGCCGAAGGACAACUCCGCAGUAUGAAGUCAUCGCGAUGUCUUAGAAUAAGGUACGAAUGAUACAGAGGUUCGACUGCUCGAUACGGUACUCAAUAUAG